AUGAAGAGCAAGGCGCAGCCGCCACCGCCUCCCUUUUUCCUCUUUUAUCCACUCUUUUAUCCUCCCAUGUUCUUCUUCUCCUUCCCUCCUCGCCUGACCGCCAACAGUAACAACCACGAGGAUCAGAAGCGACCAGCUCCACCAGUGAUCAACUCUGGCAGAAACUGCCAGCAGCAAGCCACCAGAAGGCAACAGAACGCAGCUCUGACUCCCGCAAAGGCUGCUCCAGCGAGCGUUCAAGCGAACUCCGGUGUAGUUUUCAAAGGUUUCAAGUGGGUUAAAAGACGGAUCCAUCAAGAUCUAAAACUAAAAAAAAUUCAAUUUUCAUAUUCUUCCCCUCUCCUUCAAGAUGCCAGCCCCCUCUCUCUUUCUCCCCCAUUCUUUCCGGCGAAAACUACCAUCGCCGGUGAGCUCUCCCUCUCGCUCCUCCUUCAGCUUCCUCUUUCCCUCUCUCCCUCAUCUCCCCCGUCUCUUAGAUCAGUGCCUCCCCCUCUCUCUUUGUCAUCGUCCUUUUUCUACGUUGCUCCUCCUCCUCUUCUUCUCUUCUCGACUCCAGCGGCUCCAAGCAACACCGGUAGGCAGCAGCAACUGGCGAAGAGCCAGGCACAGCCGCCGCCUCAUCCCUUCUUUCUCUUUUCUCCCCUCUUUUCUUUUACCUUCUUCUUCUCCUCCUUCCCUCCUCACCUGACCGCCAGCAGUAGCCACGAGGACAAGAAGCGAGCAGCUCCACCAGUGAGCAACUCUGGCGGAAACUGCCAGCAGCAGCCUAUGAAGCAGCAAGCCACCAGCAGGCAACCCAAGGCGGCUCUGACUCCGGCAAAGGCUGCUCGAUCCAGCGGAAAAGCGAACUCCGGUGUAGUUUCUGAAGGCUUCAAGUGGGCUAAAAGAUGGAUCUUCAACAGAUCCGUCCCGGGCUUGGAGAAUAAUGAAGAGAAGAAAGAAUGGGAGAAAAGUCAAGGAUUAACCAAGAAUGCUAAGAAUUUGCGUGUAGAAUCUGUUGGGGUGAUCCCUAUCAAGGUGUCUUAUUGUUUUAUAUUUAAUCAUGUUAUUAAUGAGUUGAGCAGUGCCAAGGAAACCAGGAUCAGCAUCAUCCAGCACAUCAUUGAUCCAACUGAGCACUCGAAGUUAGUGAUACAGAUUCUUAGGAUCCUUAACAAGAGUCUGUUGAGAUCACUUCAUCUGCUCGCAAGCUUUUGAGUCAUUUCUCCAGGGCUUAAAUAUAUAUGGAAAAUGUGACUAGAGAAGUAUAUCUAGGCACUGAUGAUAACAAGAACGCAAUGCAAGUGACUUCCCAUGCCCAGAAUUAUUUCAAGCGCGUUGAAGCCAACAAGAGAGGGAACAAAACAGCAAGAGCAAAAUCAAGUGUCCUUCAUAUAACUGGCGUGGAUCGGAAAUGGGUUAUAAUUCCGCAGUUCCAAUCACUAUGGAUAUGAUUGGACCUACUUGCGAGGGAUCACAAGCAAUGCUGGACACUAGCAGAUGACAGCAGUAGUCUGAUGAGAGCUCUCAGGCGAAUAUGCUAUUGUGAGUGUUAAUGCUAGCAGUGGAAACUCAGGUCAUUCGAUCCCUAAAAUUGAGAGUGAAUUUGAAGCAUUACUCAGUCAGCCCAUGGACGAAGACAAUCAUAUCGAUUUUUUAUUUGAUGUUUGGAUUGCACAAACUUCUGAUGCUGGGAUAGAACCAACUGCUCAAACAGGAUUUUCCGGUUAUGCAGCUGCAGGGGAUGCUCCAUCUCAGUUACCUCCUUUGCUCCCUCAUCUUAAUGGAGUAUGGCACAGUUUAGACACUCGCCGUUGAUGAUGAAGGAACUUUUUAAUCUGCAUGAUCUGUUCACAGAUCAUAUGCUCUAAUUUGCUGCACUUAUUUUUUGAAGAAUUAAUUCAAUUAUGUUACAAAAUACUUGUCUUCUUUAUCUUUUCUGAAUUUUCUUUAGACAGUAUUUCUAGACAGGUGGAUUUUUGUUGGAAUAUUUUUGAAAAAAAAAUUAGCAAUAUAUUUUUUGUGCAUAA